GGGGGAACUGUUCUGAUUGGCUGUGAUUUGUGAUUGAUCAUGUCGCGUCUACAGCUGUUUCAGGUUGACUGUAGACAGACAAAUUGCUUUUCGUUGUAACCCUGUCGCGUCGCACCUGGUUAGGACAAGGAUUUAGAAUUAGAUGUCAGAAAAUACCGUUAGUUCAAUAUAAGAAACUAUAGAAGUCAAUGGAAAGUCUUCACUGUAGAGAAACAAACGUCUGUGUCUUUGUCAAAUAGAAACAAAGAGAGCAAGAUGGAGAGAGGGAAUCAUAUUUCAUAUUCAAUUUCAAAUCCACGCCUUCUGCCACUAUAUACCAAUUUUAACUGAACGCAUAACAUUCAUAUGCGAGUUUAUGCACCUUGCAGGCAAAGUUUCAAGGGAACUGCCACCCACCAGAUCUCCGAGGAGUAACGGCAGGAGUAGAAGAGAAGAAAGCACGUUCACGUUUGCCUCAUCUCUACACUACUUGAGUGGAAGAAGCUGAUGGACGUGAUGUUUAAUGCAGACAACUGCUCGCUAACCUGCACGGCCGGUUAGAAUGGUCCGGCUUUGUCGAGGAGACGGAGGAACAGCACAUGCGUUGCCCUGCGUGAGGAAGAAGAACAGAUUUCUAUUGCGCUUAUAGUUCAACGCAUCUGUACAACCGCACAUAUCGCUCCAGUCAUGUCUUUUGAAUUCCGAAUACUGAUGUUUGGAAUCGGGACAGCCCUGGUUAUAUUUGUGAUUAUAGCUGAUAUAUCGGAAGUGGAGGAAGAAAUCGCGAACAUUGAGGAUUCACAGAAGUUUCACUUAAAAAGCUUCGGCCUUCAGUCCUGCAGAAAUUCAGUCCUGAAUGCUGUUCCUACUUCACUAGUCGCCUAUAGAAAGAGCAAAGUCUCUGCUUCUCCAAUUCCACUGCCAGGCAUAAAGAGCAAAACCAGCAAUUCAUCCUCACCAGAAUGGACUUUCAACAGAACCUUGUCUAACCUCAUCAGGAAAAACAUUUUGAGGUUCCUGGAUGCUGAGAGGGACAUCUCAAUUCUUAAGAGCACCUUUAAACCCGGCGAUGUAAUUCAUUAUAUAUUUGACCGGCAGAGCACCACAAACAUCUCAGAGAACCUGUACAACCUUUUGCCGACUGUGUCUCCCAUGAAGAACCGGCAUUACAAGCAAUGUGCCAUCGUAGGGAACUCUGGGAUACUGCUGAAUAGCAGCUGUGGCAGAGAGAUCGAUUCACAUGACUUUGUCAUCAGGUGUAACCUGGCUCCAGUGGAGGAGUAUGCGACUGAUGUGGGCCUGCGCACCAGUCUGGUGACUAUGAAUCCUUCUGUGGUGCAGCGUGCUUUUCAGGACCUGAACAGUGAGGAGUGGGUACAGCGCUUCGUCCACAGGCUGCAGAGCCUCAGCGGGAGUGUGCUGUGGAUCCCUGCCUUCAUGGCUAAAGGAGGAGAGGAGCGAGUGGAGUGGGCCAUCCGCCUAAUUCUUCUGCAUACCGUGAACGUCCGCACCGCCUUCCCCUCCCUGCGUCUGCUCCAUGCUGUCAGAGGAUACUGGUUGACCAAUCAGGUCCAGAUCAAAAGACCCACCACGGGACUCCUGAUGUACACCAUGGCCACACGCUUUUGUGAUGAGAUCCACUUGUACGGCUUCUGGCCUUUCGCCCAUGAUCCUGACGGCAAACCGGUCAAGUACCACUACUACGACACGCUAACUUACCACUACACAUCCAGUGCCAGUCCACACACCAUGCCUUUGGAAUUUCGAACUUUAAGUGCUCUUCACAGACAGGGGGCGCUGCGGCUGCACACGGGACCCUGUAAACUUCCAACAUGAGCGUUUGCAGCCUCGUUCCAAAUGGUUUCAUACACUGGACCGCAGACAUUGAUUACCUGAAUACUUCAGGUACAUUUCUGACCAAAUGUGAGAAUGCAAUAUGAACGGGGGAUAUUGUUUCUUUCUUUUAAAGUGUUCAACCUUAAGAAGGUUUUAAAUCUCUAAUAUUCUUUUUAAUAUAUAUUUAAAAGUCCCUUGCCAUUGUUUUAUCCCAUGUUUUUAAACAUGAAAAAUAACUUCUUUUUAUUUCUUUUUUUAAAUAUUUUAUGCCAUAUUUGGCCACAAGGUGGAAGCAUAUGAGAGAAUAAAAUGAGAGGCUCUUUUUGUCUUUAGCCUUUAAGCUUUUUGGGACAAUUUGUGUGUGUAUAUAUAUAAAAAAAAACAGUCUAAAUUAAGAAUGUCAUUUAUUUGUUGCCUUUUCAGUCUACAUGUCUGUUGAGCCCGGAGACAGCAUGACUGAAUGUAGGACUGUUGUCAGUUUUUACAUUUAACAUGAUACGGUUUAGACAUUUUAAAUGGUUUAAAAGGGUUUUAUCACUACGUUGCUACAUGCGUUCUUCUAGACGAUGUUUUGGACGAUAAUUUAGUGCCUCGAGUAGGAGAUGGUGUUAUGCUGCAUCAUGUGACACUUGAUCAAGUUGCCUUAGAAAGACAAAGUGAGUAGUGUUGUGACUUUUAGCAGGUGUUAAAACUUUAGCAUUAAUGUGCAGUAAUACUUGUGGAACAUGUGAACUGCAGCUGUCUGAACACUCUGGUGUUUGCACAGCGAGGCAGCUAUCAGAGCGGGUGCAGUCCCACGCUGAGAUACUGUAGCCGAAUCCAGUACACACCCAGCUGUUCACACACUCCUGUGUGCUCAAGGAUGGUCGACCGUGAAGGGAUGCUCAGUGUGUACACUUUGGAAUUUGUUAAAGCCACAUAGUAGCGGCGUCUCUGUAUCUAAGGGGUUUUUGGGGGGAGUUUUGGACUUCUUUUGUAUGUGACACAUAUUACAUGUUUAAGUGAAUGUAUUUGUGAUAACUUAUAAGUAAAGAAAAUACUGCUGUA